UCAAUGAUCUGGAGAUGAUGUGUCCAGCUAUUCUCAAUCAGGUCCUGCUCCCUGCCUGCCCUUACACCUCCCCCUCAAACCAUAAUGAUUCUUCAUUGUUACCUGAUCACAAAGUUUGGGGUUAUGGUUUCCUGGCCGUGACCGUGAUAAACUUGGCUGCUCUGUUGGGGUUAUUUCUGGUGCCUUUGACUAAAAAAACAUAUUUUCCAAAAGUCUUGACGUAUUUAAUUGGAUUGGCCAUUGGGACACUGUUUUCAAAUGCUGUACUGCAACUUAUCCCAGAGGCCCUUGGCUUAGAUCCUAAAGAUGAUAACUAUGUGCUAAAUGUAGUUGGGAUUUUUGGUGGAUUUUACAUUUUGUUCUUCACUGAACGAGUUUUAAAGAUGGUACUGAAAGCAGAUACAGAGCUGGGACAUAGUCAUUUCCCUCCCCUGCAGUCAGCUGAUGUCACCAUCACCACCUUUAGCAAUGACGUUGUCAUAAACAGCAUCAGCGGUGACAUCAUCACUAACAACACCACUCAUGAAAUGAACUCUAUCAAUGAAAAGUCCAACAACCCAAGCGAGAGUCCAGCCGUUGAACAGAAUGCAUGCGUGUUAACUUGUCGCUGGCUGAAAGGGGAGGGAAUGUCUAAUAUAAAGACUGUGGCGUGGAUGAUCACUGUCAGUGACGCUGUGCAUAACUUCAUCGACGGUCUGGCCAUCGGAGCGUCCUUCACACUCUCUCUACUCACCGGCUUCAGUACCUCUAUUGCCAUCUUCUGUGAAGAGUUCCCUCAUGAGCUGGGUGAUUUUGUGAUUCUGUUGAACUCGGGCAUGAGUGUUGGUCAGGCUGCAUGUUUUAAUUUGCUGUCAGCGAUGUGCUGUUAUCUCGGUCUUGCAUUGGGGAUCCUGCUGGGCAGUAGUUUUGCUCCAAAUGCUAUCUUUGCCAUUGCUGGUGGGAUGUUCCUCUAUAUCUCUCUUGCAGACAUGUUCCCAGAGAUGAACAGUAUCAUGGCUACACAUUCCAAAGGUUUUCGAGGAAGGGUUGCGUUCUUCCUUAUCCAAAAUGCUGGGCUGUUCACCGGAUUCACUGUAAUUUUGCUUAUUACCCUGUUCGCGGGUGAUAUCAAUCUGGGGUAGAAAGAAAGAAGCGAAUGAAAGUGAGAAACAAGGAACAAUUGUUUUCAGUGCCAGAAACCAAAAACUUGAGACAGACACUGUUGGUUUUUCAGUUUGUAUGUUAGACUUGUGCUGUAUUUGCUGUUACAUAGCACAACAUAACACAAUCAUAUGGUCCUGGAGUACAUGAUUUUUAUUAUAUUGUUUAAUGAGAUUUUGUUGUACUGAUGUGAACAGGCAACAAUGCGGCGCUGUGUGAGGAGGAAUUCCUCAGUGGCAGUGGCAGCCUAGCACUGAGUCUCAGAGCAGCUUUGUCAUCCAAAUGUCAAUGCUGAAGCACCUUUUGAGUGAGACCGUAUCAUGUUCACACAGUCUCUAACCAAAGGAAAUGAAAGUGAAGA